CAGACCCGACAAACCCCCGCGCACAGUUCGAGGCUGUAGGCUGUAGCACUUUGUUUCGCUAUAGUGAGCAAGUUGUUUGGAAGGAAAGGGGACUAGUGGAGGAGCGCGCGCGCGAGAGAGAGAGAGACACACACACCCACAGAGAGAGAGAGACAGAGGAAGGGAGGGGGCGAGCUAGCAAAGGACAGAAGAGAGAAAGAAAGAGAGAGAGGGAAAGAGAACCAUCUCGUAAUGUCUCUCUUCUUGUUCUCCAUUUAGUGAACUAGCGGCGUUUCGCAGAUAAUGUCCGAGAAUGUCCAUUUCUGGGACUUUGAGCAACUAUUACGUGGACUCCAUCAUAAGUCACGAGAGCGAUGAACUCUCAACCCCGGCUCGCUUUCCCAGCGUCCAGUAUUCCAGCUCGAGCUCCGCCGCCGCCGCCGCCGCGGGCGGGAGGCAGCCCGGCGGCGCGGAGCAUCCCCUUCCCGAGUCGUACCCAUCAUGCAGCUUCCAGCCGAAGCCUCCGGUCUUCUCGUCGUCCUGGAGCCCGUUCAGUCCACACCACGGUGCCAGUGGCCUCCCCACUGUCUACCACCCUUACAUCCCAGCCCAGCACGUGCCCGCCGCGGACACACGGUACCUACGCUCAUGGCUGGACUGUGCACCGCGCGGCUCCGAAUCUGUCCUGGGGCAGAGCCAGACGGGGCAGGUCAAGCUGGAGCCUCAGCUCGGCCAUCUCGGCGGAGAGAUCCCACCCAAAAUCGGCGGACAUCACCAGCACGAGACCACCACGUACAUUUUGGAGUCGACGUCCACGGCGGCGCACGAGCUAAGCCACCAUCAGGCCGCCAUCCCGAGAGCAGGGUUCGAAGAAAAUAAGGACAUUUGUGAAGUGAGUGAGGACAAAGACGGCCUGGAUCAAAAUGACCCUUCGGCCAACUGGCUGCAUGCGCGCUCCUCCAGGAAGAAGCGGUGCCCGUACACCAAAUACCAGACGCUUGAGCUGGAGAAGGAGUUCCUGUUCAACAUGUACCUCACGCGGGACCGGCGGCAUGAGGUGGCGCGCGCGCUCAACCUGACGGAGCGGCAGGUGAAGAUCUGGUUCCAGAACCGGAGGAUGAAAAUGAAGAAACAGAGCAAGGAUCAACCCAAGGACUAGCGGGAAUCUCACUCGAGGACGCACAUACACAUCCAGACACACACGCACGCACGCUCAUACCAUGUAUCCAAUUUGAAGUCCCAUAUUACUUAUGUCUCGAACACGAAAUGGCCUUCCCAAUAACUGAAAAACACACACACACACACACACACACACACACACACACACACACACACAUACCUGCAAUUUCCAAUUUGUUUUAAUUUCCAGGCACUACCACGUAAGCUUUAGUCCUACACCAAUCUAUACAUCUGAUCAAUUGAUCACUAACAGACUCUGAGGACGCCGCCAUGUUAACACUGAAGUCUUAAGAAGCUCGGAAACGCUAUGUCUGGUGUUAGAAGGAGGCAACUUUUGAACUUUGGAAUAAUUUAAGUUUGCAGUCAUGGAGGAUGAAAAAACUCACACACCAACAGCAAUUCCUCCUGGACCUCCUCUCCUUUAAAUGGGUCGGACUCCAUGUAAAACUGCAGAUUGGACUGUUUGUUUGAUUAACUGAUAGCUCUUCAUAGUUGUAUACGCUAUUAUUUAGGCUCUGGUAUUAGGCUGCAUUAUGGAAACGAAGAACGCAGCAAACCGACUGGUGAUGCUACAACAGAUGGGGGGGGGGCAGACUGAGAGAGGGAUGUUUUACUUUUUCUCAAGCACUACUCUUCCUUUUAUUACUAGUUAUUUAUUGUUCCGUCGCUGACAUCGGAGGCGCGUGGAGGUGCUGAAACCGAGGUUUCACAUGACCAAUAAACACGGAGCCGAGUGGGAUGAAGACACACACACACACACACACUCUCUCACACAGGUUCAUCCUUCUUUUUCUUCUCCUUUUUUCUUGUUUCUCUCGUUGCUGGCAGAAUUUGAUUAGAAAGCGCCUGAUGCUCGGCGUUGAUACAAGCAGCAAGCCGCCGUUUGUUUCCCGGUUGUCGACCUAAGUAAUGAGCAGAUACCGGAGGGGGAGGAGAAGUGAUGGGGUGCCGAGGGUGUUAACCCGACUCAGCAACCGGGGAUCCGCUAAGGCUGCUGUCGAUAUCGUUGAUCUCCACCCUUCAGCUUGCUCUCCAGAUGCUUUAUGCGCUGCGGCUCAUCUGAUUCCUUUAAUGACUGUCGAUAGUCGUCCCCUCCGCUUCGUGGGCAGAGCUUCAGUGAGCAGAGUUGAGCUGAGAGGAGAGUGCAGCCCAAAGCACCAGAUUGUUUUAAUCAUAUCCGUCCUUAUUUAAAUUAGGCCUCAAGCAUCAGGACUCAAGUUUUCUUCUCGAAUUCUGUGCCUAUAUGCUUUCGCACCACGCACUCUCAAACAGCGUUAAACACAGGUGACACAGGCGCUUCUUCAAUUCAAUUCAAUUUUAUUUACAGUAUCAAAUCAUAACAAUAGUUAUCUCAAGG